GUGGAAAACUUUCAACCAUUAUAUUCGUGGAGUUUGUGUGGUUCAAGAAGGUGAAAUUGCUGAAAUUGCAUUGAAAAAUAUCGGUGAAAUAUUCCAUGUGCAACUUGGAGAGAUAUACCGAUUAUAAUGGGCGACUUAUUUUAAUUUUUUAGGAUUUUAUUAUCGCUUGUUACGUAUGUUCAAUCUAGUAAACAACCAUAUUUGAAUUCGAAACCGACCGCUGAACGUUGCGAUCGGUGAUUGGCCGGGAGACAAAAGACGAUCGCGUUAUCAUAUCCGGUGAGGUCGAAGCGGCGGGACAGGCAGCAACACGGAAUCGCUCCAUUUAUUUCGAGUUUUAUUGUUGAAAUAUUGUGCGACAGACUCUAAAUUGUUACAAAAUAUCGAUCUGUAGUUGCUAUCAUCGAACUGGGACGAGUGCGGACUUCUUAGCAACAUUUGAAUAGUGUGUAGUGCAGUUCAGUGUGCAUAGACUUGAGUGCCAAGACUUUAGUGCUAAGACUUGUGUGCGAAAAGAGUGUUUGCAUGGAGACCAAGGAAACUGAUACAAAGAGGAUGGAACUUCUUGGAAAUGGCUACAGUAUGCAGCGUAUCCAGAAGAAGAAAAUCAACUUCGGCAGAGUCAGUGAGUCGCAUGCUUUGACUUUGCUGUCUAACUUUCCUCAAUCUUUUCUAUCGCGUGGCAUGGUGGUACCAAUGUUUCAUUUUAUUUGUAUAACCAUUACUUAUUUCAAUAUACAUGAGCUCUUUUCCCCUGAUAAAACUAUUUAUUGGUCAAGUUUGUCGAGUCAUUAUAUCAUUCCAAAAUCUAUAGAUUAAUCUUUUCAAAUAUUACAAUAUAUUCUGAUAUUUCAUUCAUUUCUUGAGAGCCAACUUAAAUUCCAUAAAUUCUGGAUAGGAUGUACUAACCCUUUCUUUCCCUACAGUGAAACUCAUCAAAGUAAGUCCUGAACCACGUUGUAUGAUUGAUGCGUACUGAAUGAUUGUGUUGGUGAAAAUGUGAUUCGCAAUUAAAUAUAGGUGGUAUAGGUAGGAUGCGGUAGGCCGGGUGCUGAAUGUAGUUCGAGCUGAAUGUGUGCGCUAGUAAUAAUUAGAAUCUCAAGUUGAGAUGGAUUUGGGAACAUCGGUCUCAACUUUGGGGUUCCACCGAAUCGAUUCGUUGAGUCGGGGGGGCAAACACAAAUAUGGGUAGGAAGGAAUCGCGAACGGUCAGGCAGGUAGUUUUUAAGCGGACAUGCGUAUUCGUUCCACAGCGUCCUACAAUCGCAAAUAUUUGGCACGAGCUUUUCUUAUCAAUACCACUUGUUCCCAGUAUUAAAUUCAUCUCACUAAUAUCCCUGUAUUGAGUCUCAGAAGUCAUGGAGUUUGCAUAAUUAUCUACCAGAAAUUAGAUUCACACUUGGAAUGAUUAACUUCUUCUUUGUAUACAACUUUAGUGUUCAGAAUUGAAAAUAAAGCCAAGCGAUUGUUGGACUGGGCAACAUGCUGUCCCUUAGCUCUGUGUUAACGUGGAGCACAGAGUUGAGAGGACAUGCUGAGCCUGAAGCCAACGCGUCGAAGAGGAUCGCCGACCACCAUGCUACCAAUUCUUUAUUAUGCUUCUACUUUUUCCUCUUUCCUUUCUUUUGUCUAUCAGCUACAUAUUUUCUUCUCGCUUUUUAUGCAUGUGUUUGAGUAGUUCAGAGUCUCGCAGCUAGCUUGCAAUUAGAGCUCAGACUCGAAACUUUGUACCAGUCUGUUAACAUAUACUCAUAUGAUACUGCUGAAUGUUUCAGAUCUUCCAGUGAAAGGAUUUAGCCUACCAGAGAUCUCCAAUUAGAAAAUACUUGUUCCCAUGAAUAUCUCAAACUAAUCUGAUCUGCUGUGUGUUUCAGGUCUCCCAGUGAGCGGGGUCUUUGUCGAUGAAGUCCUCGGAUAAGACAAAUUUUUGCCUUAGUAUUAUUUCCUUACUAAUCUGAUUUGCUGUGGAUUUCAGGUCAUCGAAGUUAGCGAGGCGUUUCCCUGAGAAAACCUCGACCACGAUGGAUGUGUGCCAAGCAAUGUUUUUGUUGUAAUAGGGAAUGCUGAAAUGUUACAGAUCUUGAAGCUCACAGUACAAUCUGAUACAAGUUGAGUGACUACUGAUAAUGCAAGACCAGAUGCAGAACUGGUGAGCAAUUAAUGCUGCACAACACAGUUACUGCAAGCCGCCGCGAUGUGGCCUGGGACGCUGCCGUUGGUGGUGUUGUUAACGGCGCUGCUACAUCCAUCAAGAUCGAUCAAGCCUAACUUCAGGGAGGUGGAGAAAAGGGUCCUGGACGAAAUUCUUGGACCAGGAAGUUACGAUGCCCGUAUUCGUCCGAGUGGAGAAAACGGGACUGAUGGGCCGGCCAUUGUCCGGGUUAACCUGUUUGUACGAAGCAUUGCAACAAUUAGUGACAUCAAGAUGGAAUACUCCGUGCAGCUGACUUUUCGAGAACAGUGGCUGGACGAACGACUCCGGUUUGACGACCACGACGGACGGCUGAAAUAUCUCACGCUUACGGAGGCGAACAGAGUAUGGAUGCCUGAUCUGUUCUUCUCGAAUGAAAAGGAAGGACAUUUUCAUAACAUCAUUAUGCCAAAUGUGUAUAUACGAAUUUUUCCCUACGGCUCAGUUCUUUACAGUAUAAGGAUAUCUUUGACGCUCUCUUGUCCCAUGGAUCUCAAACUCUAUCCAUUGGAUCGGCAAAUUUGCUCACUUAGGAUGGCCAGCUACGGAUGGACAACCGACGAUCUAGUAUUUUUAUGGAAAGAUGGCGACCCGGUACAAGUCGUUAAAAAUUUACACCUACCUAGGUUUACGUUGGAAAAAUUCUUGACGGAUUAUUGCAACAGUAAAACAAAUACCGGGGAAUAUAGCUGCUUGAAGGUCGAUCUUCUCUUCAAAAGAGAAUUCAGUUACUAUUUGAUACAGAUUUACAUACCAUGCUGCAUGUUGGUUAUCGUAUCUUGGGUGUCUUUUUGGCUCGACCAGAGCGCUGUCCCGGCAAGAGUUUCCCUAGGUGUGACGACUCUGCUGACAAUGGCGACACAAACUUCAGGAAUAAACGCGUCACUACCUCCAGUUUCAUACACAAAGGCGAUCGACGUUUGGACGGGCGUUUGCCUGACGUUUGUGUUUGGUGCACUUUUAGAAUUUGCUCUUGUUAAUUACGCUUCACGUAGCGAUAUGCACCGCGAGAAUAUGAAGAAAAAAUUUCGGGAAAUGGAGACCUCGUCCAUCGAUCCCGGGGCAGAACCCGAACCGGACGGGGCCACGACUUUCGCAAUGGUAAGGGGGACGGAAGUGCACGCUGACGAUUCGGAAUCCCUUUCUCUUCUCCUACGGUCUCGAUUGACUUUAUGUCGUGUUUUUCAGAAGCCGUUGGUCGGUCACGAAGGUGACUCGAUGACACAGUGCGAAGUACACAUGAAACAGCGGCCAAAAAACUGCUGCAGGUCGUGGCUGUCCAAGUUCCCAACGCGGUCCAAGCGCAUCGACGUCAUAUCUCGGAUCACCUUUCCCCUCGUGUUCGCUCUGUUCAACCUCGCGUAUUGGUCAACGUACCUUUUCCGGGAGGAAGCGGAGGGCGAGUAAACGUUGAGGAGGAAAUACUCGGAUCUAGGGACGUGGCACGCGGCCACCCCCAUACCCAUAAUAUUGCCCAUCACAACCACCAUCAGCAUUCGCCAUCCUAUCACCACCAUCAUCAGUACAAUCAGCAACGGCAUUUGCAGCAUCGGCAUCACCGACACAUUCUCCAUCAUCAGGAUCAGCUAAGUUCGCAUCAAUUGGUUAAUUCUAUAGUAUCGUCUCACCACCACGACGCCGUAGGUUCGUUUCCUUCGUCAGCUAUACCCGGUAUCGUAGGAUCCGUCGAUCUUCAACACGGACACUGUCGUUCCCGUAAUUCGUCGUCGAUGCAUCAGACGUCUCCGUCUUUGUCCAGAUCGUCGGCUUCGACGCCGUCACCUACGGUGAUGUCCUCUCCGUCGCGGCAACACCACAACAAUCGUCAACAUCAUCAUCAAUUUAAUCAUCGUUUUUCGCAGCUAUCUCUUGGCCAGACUGAAAAAUGUUGCUGGGGUUUGAUACCACGUAGAUGGUUCAAGUGCCGCGCCAAAGGCAGCGCAAGAAUCGACGUUUUUGCAAGGGUCGCAUUCCCCCUUGUAUUCGUACUGUUCAACCUCGCAUAUUGGUCAAUUUAUCUGUUCAGAGGUGACGAUUCUGCGAAAAUGAGGAACUAAAAGAUCACGCAGAAUCGACCCACGAUGAUGAUGAUGAUGAUAGCGACGACGACGACGACGACGACGACGACGACGACGACGAUGUUGAAAGAUGAUAAUUACGCCGAUUAAAAAUCAGGUGAGAGGUGAACAAUUUAUCGAAUUAUCUACGGAUUCACACGCAUUACCGUUUAACGAAAGCUGGCGAUUAUUCGAAAAAGAGAACAAAAAACCAAACAAAAAUAAAUAACAAUGGGAGAAUAUGUUAAUAAAAUAUUAAAACCUCGGGUAAUAAAAUUGGGUGACCGCACGCCACCGAUUGACGUUAGUGUAGUGGGCCCUGUAUAGCCACGGCCUGUUAACGACUAUAUAGAAGUAUACAUUUAAAUAAUAAUUAUAUAAAUAUACAUAUAUUAUGUAAUCACGAUUAUAUAAGAAGCGUUUUAGUUUGCAGCGUUUUCAUCAGAAUACCUAUAUAUAUUAAAAGAGAAGGAGGAAGAAAAAAGUAAAAAGAAAUCGAAAAAAAAAAUUAAAAAAAAAUUAUUAGUCACCGGUGAUAUGUACCACAAAUGCAGGAUUUCACAUCUUUCACUACGUAUCGAAUAUACAAUACAUAUUCAUAUUAUAUAUAUACAUGAAUAUAUGUAACGCACAUAUAUAUAAAUAUAUAUAUAUAUAACAUAAAUGAAAAGUACUGCAUUCAUCAUCUGCGGCAGAACGCAAGAACGUCAUCACCGUAUAUUUCUCAUCAAAUUUUUACAACAUUUACCGCAAAAAAAAAAUUAAAUUAUUAUAUCGAAGUAUUAAAAUUAUAUGAAUAAUAUUAAUAAUAUUAAUAAUAUUGAUAAUAAUGAUAUUAAUGAUAAUGCUAAUGCUAAUAGUAUGAUAAUAAAUGAUUAUCGAAUGAUGAGGUGUAUAUAUAUACAAAAACAGGAUUCCGCGAUGUUCUGAAGGAACAAAAAUCUUGCGUGGUCCAUAUCCCACUUUCGUAACCGUAUCGACGUUAUUUAGAAGAAAAAUCGUAAAAAAAAAAAGGAAAAAAACCCAACAAAAAAAGGAUAAGCGAGCGAUAACCGCGAAGAAGAAAUAAU